CCAGCCAUGGACAUCGGCGGCCUGGAGACGGUGGUGGCCAACUCCGCCUACGUCUCUGCCCGCGGCGGCACCGCCCCGGCCCGCGACCGCCGCCACCGCCUCCGCCUGCCCCACAUCAGCCAGUGCCAGGCCCUCCGUGCCCGUCUGGCGCAGGAUGGCGCCCCGGGGGGGCCCCAAAGCGGGGCCACUCAGAACAGCAUUGGCCCUCCCCAAGACGGCCACCAGGGCGCUCAAAAUGGCGGCCUGGCCAUCCAAAAUGGCGGCCCAGCCGCUCAAAACGGUGGCCAAGGCAGGGAGGAGGACCUCUCCUUCUGCUGGCAGUGCGUGGAGCAGCCAAUCGGCAAGCAGCUCUUCCAGCGGUUCCUGCGAGGGGCUCCGGGACUGGCCGCCGCUGGGGCCCUGUGGCAGGAGCUGGAAGCCUAUGAGAGGUGCGAGGAGGGGGAGAGGAGCGCAGCGGCAGCGGCCAUCAGGGGGCGCUUCUUCAGCCCCAGUGGGGAGCAGCACUGCCCCUUCCUCAGCCAGGCUGCCACGGCGCCCCCCAGUGGCCCCGUGGAGAACUUCAGCCAAGCUCGCCGCGAGGUCUUGGCCCACCUGGAAGCAGUGGCCUGGGGGCCAUACCGAGCGUCUCCCGAGUUCAGUCGCUUUGUCCAGUUCAAGUGGUUGGAGAGCCAGGCCGUGGGGGGCGACGCCUUCGUGGACUUCCGCGUCCUGGGCAAGGGAGGCUUCGGCGAGGUCUGCGCCUGCCAGCGCCGCGCCACCGGCAAGAUGUACGCCAACAAGCGCCUCAACAAGAAGCGCCUCAAGAAGCGCAAGGGCUACGAGGCGGCGCUGGUGGAGAAGCGAAUCCUGGCACGGGUCCACAGCCGCUUCAUUGUCUCCUUGGCCUGCGCCUUCCAGACCAAGAGUGACCUCUGUCUGGUCAUGACCCUCAUGAAUGGGGGGGACCUGCGGUACCACAUCUACAACGUGGAUGAGGCCAACCCAGGUUUCCUGGAGCCCAGAGCUGUCUUCUACACGGCCCAGAUCCUGCUGGGCCUAGAGCACCUCCACCAGCACAGAAUUGUCUACAGGGACCUCAAGCCAGAGAAUGUCCUCCUGGAUGAUGCUGGCCACGUCCGUCUGUCUGACAUGGGCCUGGCUGUGGAGCUCAAGGAUGGAGAGAACAAAACCAGAGGCUAUGCAGGGACCCCAGGGUUCAUGGCUCCUGAGGUGCUGCGGGACGAGGAAUACGAUUGGUCAGUUGACUACUUCACCUUGGGGGUGACCCUCUACGAGAUGCUGGAGGCCAAAGGUCCCUUCCGUCGUCGUGGGGAGAAGGUGGAGAACAAGGAGGUGACCAGGCGCAUUCUCCACGACCCUGUCACCUACUCGGAGAAGUUCAGUGCCGCGGCCAAGGCCAUCUGCGAAGGUCUCCUGGCCAAGGACGCUGGAGCUCGCUUGGGCUUCAGGGGCAAUGACUGCGCCCAGCUGAAGGCCCAACCCAUCUUCUCCAGCGUCAACUGGGGUCGCCUGGAGGCAGGUUUGGUGCCUCCCCCGUUCGUCCCCGACCCUCGCCGGGUCUACGCCAAGGACCUGGGGGACGUUGGGGCCUUCUCCACCGUCCGGGGGGUGGAGCUGGACGCAGCUGAUGCCUCCUUCUUCGACGACUUCUCUUCAGGCACCGUCGCCCUCCCCUGGCAGGAGGAGCUGCUGGAGACCGGAGUCUUUGAGGAGCUCAACGUUUGGGGGCCCCCGGGGACCUUGCCCCCCGAUUUAGACCCCAACAAAGCAGCGGUGGCCGGGGGGGUCAAGUCUGGGACGUGCUGCUUGAUUUGA